UGGUGGUAAAAACUAUUUAUCAAAAAGUGCACGUGGUACAGUUGUACACAGUAUUUCGUUUUGUAUCGUUUACAAAAAAAAAAUAUAUGUAUCAAAUGUGUCGCGUUUUGUUUAUAUUGAUAUUUGUGUGUACUAUCGCCCAGGGGAUCAGUUUAGAAGUAAACUUCCAAGAAUCCUAUCCCACACACAUCCUCAAUUCCGAUCAGGAAUCGACUCUCCAUAAACGAGGAACUGAUGUUCCUCAAUUUUUCGAUCAAGCUAGCUUUAGUUUCGAUGGCCUCAAGCGAGUGGCCUCAGUGCCAGUUCUUUUUCCCCUGGACAUCUGCAUCCUCCAACUGCCCACGGUAAAGUAUGCAACAGCACUUCACAAAGAUGCAGCUGGUGUGCGUCAUUUUGCCGUGUUUACGUGGCGUCCAGCGGAGCAGGACUAUCAACUCCUAGUGCAACUGCCAGCACCAAAAGCGAUGGCUCUGGAUUGCCUGGCCUUUGCUGGACGUGGAUACGUGGCUCUGAGCUACAACCUAACCGAACCUGUUCGCCAGGCACGUGAAGGAUCACCCAUCUAUGAGCUAUCGCCGGAAACGGGUAUACGGACAGUGCAGUAUUUUUCGGGAACGCAAUUGCGGGGCAUGUACCUACGAAUCAGCAGCCAGGAACUGACUUUACUGCAAGCCUUCGACUCAGCGGAAAAGUGUCCUUACUUUAAGUGGAUGGGUAAGAGUUUCCGACGACUGGGAGCAAUACCCUGUAACAAUGCUAGACGAUUGGAAGCCUUCGGUAUCGACUAUACCGACUACGUGGCCGUGGCCAACUAUGCUGAUUCAGAGGGACGUACUGCUACGCGUUCAGAAAUCUUUAGAUGGGAUACCAAAACCCAGAGGUUCCAGCUCUUCCAACGUCUGCGCAGCAAUGGAGCAGUGGACGUGAAGUAUUUCAGUCUCCCAGUAAACGAGGUCAGGCGUAGGCACUUUCUCAUCUUGGGAAACACAGUUGGUGGAACCGGCGCGGAAGCUGGCGAAGCAGACACUGUUAUCUAUGUCUUCGAAAAGGGACAAUUUGUGCCCUAUCAACGGUUAAGUUUCUUUGCAUUGGAAAGGGUUCUGCCAGUUCAGCACUCCAUCUCUGAGAAGUUCCUACUAUUGGUGGCAUGCAAUAGGCAGGAUGUAAGCAUAUACAAUCUAAACGACUGGAGAUUCGAGGAAUCCAAGGUGCAAUUCACCGAAGGACCUUUUAGCCGUGGAGUGGCCAGAAUGAGAAGUUAUGAGGAGGGAGAUCAAAGCUAUUUAGUUAUUGCCAACGAGAAUAUGGCCGCCAAUGAGACGAACAUCUUCCAACCGCUCUACAAACAGGAUGAGCAUGCCAAUAUACUCCGCCAGCAAAUCAUUGACUGGGCUCGAGAGCAAAGAAAGCGAUUGGAGCUAGUGAAUGUAGAGCAGCUUUUAAAGAGACUGGAGGAAAAGCUGAAGCAACGCGAGGAGAAACUAAAAUGGUCUGCAAUCAAACAAGUGAAAGCGAAAGCGUUUGAGGAUAAAAACAUGAAGCUAACACAGAACUACUGGAAGGCUUUAAAGUUAACCAAACAGGCUUUGGAUGAACUCGAACGGAAAGCGGAAUCAGCGAUGUCGAGACAACCCAUGAAAAGAUCCGCUGACGAACCAAGUGAUAAUAUUAACUUCGAGGAGGUCACAGUUGACACCCUGGUGGUGCAUGGCAAAGUACAAGCAGAUCAUAUUAAUGGCAUUGAUACUAAGAACCCCGUUUACGAAUCCGUGACUGCAGGGAAAGUUUUUGUGAGCGAAAAAUACACAGAACCCGCAAGGAUAAAACAGAAACCGAUGCUUGAGGAGUUGAAAGUAAAAGAUUUGCAACUAAAGGGUAGGUUCAAUGGCCUCAAAUGGGAAGAACUUUUGGAAUUGACUCUAAAACGCAGCGGUAAGGAAGUCCAGUUUAUCAAGGCUCGUGUAGAUUUGGACCACCUUCAAGCUGAGACUGUGCAGGUCAAUAACAAAGAAGUUAACGAUCGCCCGCUUGGACAACUUAUUCCGGUGGAUGGUGGAAACUUCAUUGUACAGCAGGAUGUGCAGUUUGCACAGCCUAUCCAGGUCAAUCGGCUCCUUAUCAACGACCGGCUUAACCACAUCCAUGUCGAUCGCCAGCAAUUUGAUGUGCUGCUCAAGCAAGCGAAUCACACUCAGGUCAUCGAGGGUUCCAAGCGAUUUGAGAAUGUUCGUGUUCUAGAACCAAUUACCAUUGCGGGCCAAAUGAUGGGGGCUGAUUUAAGAGCCAUGUCACCAGCAAAGGUUACACACAAAUCAAUACAACUUCAGGGGGAUUUUGUUAUUGACAGCGAUGUGACCAUUGGACGGCUUCUGCAAAUUAAAGAUUUGGUAGAUGAGCCCACUAAGCGAUCAGCAGCAGAAACCUUAAGUCGUGGUCUGCGAUUGGAUCAUCCCAUAGAGGAUGUGAAUAUAAACUUUCUACAACCUCUUAUAGCCAACGAUACGGAGUUAAGCUUCCUUAACACCCAAGACCUACAAAAUCUGGUUAAACUAAACGUGGAUGAAGUCCAGUUGGUGCAAGGAAGUAAGACGUUUCCUCAGAGUCUGGAGAUAGUUGAUGGUUUUGGUGAGGUCAAAUGGCUGAAUGGCAUUGAUACGGAGAGACUCCCAGAAAUACUGCUGACAAAGAGUGGCAAUCAAACUAUUUAUACUCCAAUGCAAGUCCAAAGCAUCGAAGUGGAUCAGGUGAAUUCAUCCGAGCUUUUAUUGAAUGGCUUCAGAUUGGAGGACUAUCUUCAAGUUGGCACGGAUCAGGACUCAAAUGGAACCUUGUAUAUAGACAACUUGGAAGUAAAAGAGAUGGGCGUGGAAGACCUGUACUUAAAUGGCCUCCUCUUUGGCCAACCACUGUCUUCCAUAUAUGAUCAUGGAAGCAAAUCCCUGGACAGCUGGCAUGUUCCACCUAAUUUUAAUGGCACAUUGUCUGCACAGAAUCUUUGGCUCAGUGGCAACAUAAACCAAGUGAACGUGAAUCACUUAGAGCAGCAGUUGCAACAGCUGGCGGGCAACAUCAAAUACGUGGGUGACUUUAUCUUUGAGCAGGAAGUUAACAUUAGUUCUCUAACAUUUGAGAACUCCCUGAACGGAAUUGAAGCCCAUAGAUUUGGUCACUGCUGGCUGGAGACCGAAGGCGAUCAGAAUUUUACGGCUCUAUUGGAACUGGCUUCAUUGGACAGCAAUGAAGGCAUUUGGCUAAGUGGACAACUGAACAACCACACUUUACAAGAUCUCGUAAAUCGUAGCUAUAGGCUCAACGAAUCGGAACACCUGCAAGCAGUGCGAUUUGAAAAUCCCAUUGUGUUGCAAUCGGAGCUUGUGUUGAAUCAACUCAAUGGGCUCCGAGUGCCGGAGGAUUUGCUCUACCAAAAUGGCGGAGGUUACAUCUCUGCUCCAGUUAGCAUAGAAGGUAACUUGAAGGUAGCAGGGUUGUCUAACAUUACCAGCCUGAAUGGUUAUCCUUUGGAUGAGUUGGAAAAGUAUUUAAGUGGGCAAACUGAUGACACCUUUUUAGCAGAGAAUGUAAAGUUCAGUGGAGCACCCACUUAUCAGUUACUUAAUGGUCAGAAUCUGGACAACCUCCUGAAUGAAGUUUGGCUGGACAACGAACGGAUUGAACUAAGAGAAUUGAAAUUGGAAUCUGGCCAAUUUGAAGGACUGCUGGAGUUCCAGGGACCCAUUAAUGGGCACCAAGUGGAUCACAUCAAAAACAACUAUUUCAGCCGGACGCGCAGUAAUCAGAUGAAAACUCCCCUGAGCUUCCAGCAUGACGUCACGUUCGCACAGCCUCCAGUCGCAAAAUAUGUUGAACUACGACGUGGCAAUAGUGACGUUUUAAUGGAGGGCACCAGCAGCAACUUCUCGCUGGAUUUUGAUGAUUUUGUAGGACACACUUUAAAAACAGCUGGAGCGCAUACUAUUAGCGGAAAAUGGCAUCUGGGUGAAGCCUCGGUAUUCGGAAAUUUAAAUAAUGUGCUCAUAAAUCAACUCAACCUAGUUGAUGAUGUAGUUAGAAUUCCCGAAAAUAAUAGCAGUAACAGCCCCUGCACAAUUCAGGCACUGAAAACCGUAAAGAGAGCCAAUAUAAGUCGGCUAUAUAUAACACCUGAAAGUCAGGUGGCGAAUGUUCCUCUGGCCAAGUGGAUAAAUGAAGCUGUCUAUCUUUACGGGAACCACAGCAUUACUGGCACUACCCGCCUGGAUAACGUGAAUCUGUACAAUGACCUUGUUGUAAAUGGACCUGUAAACGGUAUCAUCUGGAAGCCGGAAAAUCUGCUUUUACUAGACAAUGAUCAGGAAGUACAGGGCUCUCUGCUGGUAACCAACAGUCUGCCCGAUCGGCAGCAAAUCUAUAGCAACAACGUUGAGAAUCUCUGGGUAGAUUCCGUUAAUGGAUUGCCAGUAAACGAGUUACUGGCCAACAAGGCACAAAACCGUCCAAACCUUCACGUUGAGAGCCAAUUGAUCUUCACUCAGCCAUUAACAGUGGGUCAAUAUGAUGUGGGAAAUGAAAAUGGUCUCUAUGAUAAUUAUUUUAAGUGGAAACGGGGUACCAGUGCAAAUACCCUUAAAUCUUGGCAGAAACUUCAGGAAAAUAUAGCAGCUGUAAAGUCCAGAUUGACGAAUCCACCAAAAGUUCUGGAAAACUUUUCGCUGCUGCAGAAAAUUCCUCAUCAAGCAUCUGAAAUGAAAAUGAUCUCCUUAAACAACUCCGACAUACUGGUAGUCUCGGAGCAGAGAUCUAACAAACUAUUCUUUUACGCCUGGGACCCGGACAAGCAGCUCUUCUCGCGAAAUUCAAGCUCCCCAGAACUAACACAGCUCUACAAGCAGAACUUGGAGCAAUAUACGAAGGUGGCAGAUAACUCAAAUGAAUUGGAGUUUGCAGUGUUUGGGUUUCAGUGCAGGGGAUUACAAGAAGUCAACCAAAUAGUAAUCCGAUGCCUAGAUAAGAACAAUAACAGCAGGGAGGCAAUCUUGGCCAGGCGGGAAGUAAAACAGUUGUUGGCAGUCGCUGAUGCAGAUGAUAUUCCCAUUUUGCUAAAGACUUCCAAAGCUGUUGAGCUUUGGAAAUGGAUUAAUGGCAGCUACACUCUAGUGAGCAGACUACUGGACGGUCAGGUGGAGAACAUUGCACGGAUACCACAAGAAGUCGGGAUGGACAGUGGCUAUGUGGCACUCUUGGCUACUUCGCCAGCAGCAGAGAUUCAUAUUUACAGCUUCAACAAGGAUAUGAACGACUUCCAAUUAGAUCAAGUCUUGAGCAUCUCAGACUUUCAGCAGUCUCGUCAAAUGCGUUUCAUGUACCUGCCUGAGUCGGAGGAUCUGCUGCUAUGUGCAUCCAAUGUCCUGCCACAGCAACCGCUCACCAUCUAUCAGCAUCGUGGUGUAGCAGGGUUCCAGCAAAUCCUUGGCGACAGUGCGCUGCCAAAAGCCUAUGCCUUGGAAGUGCUCGAGCUGCAUAGCCAGAAGCUUCGCCUGCUAUCCUUGGCUACGGAGGCUGGGGUCUACUUGGUGCAACCACAGUUUACAACACUUUAAGCCACUUUUUUGUUUUUCUAAAUAAAAAUUACUUUUUAUUAA